AUGCUUGCAGCCUCCCUCCUGCUCUGCUGCCUCGCUGCACCCCUGCCCACCCAUCUGGAGAUGCUCUUCCAUAGCCGUGACCGCUCAGACCUGCGUCCGGUCCCCCAGCAACGUGCCCAGCCCAUCGCUGACCUCCCUGCGGCACAGCGCUUCCUGUCCAAGUAUGGCUGGACCGAGCCACAGCCCCGCUCCCGGACUCCGGCUGCCCUGGCCCCAGCUGUACGAAGGUUCCAGAAGGUGAACGCACUGCCAGUGAGUGGGGAGCUGGACACGGCCACGCUGGAGGCCAUGAACAGGCCACGCUGCGGCGUCCCUGACACACUGGCCCCGGCGCUGCCCAGAGCCCGGCCCAAGCGCUCCCUGCCACGACUGCCACCCCGGAGUGCCCCCCAGAUUCCUAGCAAGGCCUCCCGCGCUCCUGGCAAGGCCCCUCGAGUCUUCCCGCGGCGCACCCUGAGCUGGCGGCUGGUGACCGAGGGCUACACAGGCCAGCUGGCGGCGGCCGAGCAGAGGCGUGUCCUGGCUCUCGCUUUCCGCAUGUGGAGCGAGGUGGCACCCCUGCACUUCCGAGAGGACCUCUCAGGGCCUGUGGCUGCAGUGGACAUUAGGCUGGGCUUCGGCCGAGGCCGGCACCUGGGCUGCCCACGCACGUUUGACGGGAGCGGGCAGGAGCUCGCGCAUGCCUGGCGCCUGGGCGAUGUCCACUUCGACGAUGAUGAGCACUUCACAGCUCCCAGCAGCAACGCAGGCAUUAGCCUCCUACGAGUGGCCGUCCAUGAAAUUGGCCAUGUCCUGGGCCUGCCACACAGCUACAGGACUGGCUCCAUCAUGCAGCCCAACUACCCACAGCAGGAGCCGAGGUUUGAGCUAGACCAGGCCGACCGCAGGGCCGUUCAGAAGCUAUACGGUGCCUGUGAGGGGCCCUUCGACGUGGCCUUUGACUGGAUCCGCCGUGAGAGAAACCCGAAUGGCCGCACCUCGUUGCGCUUCAGCACCUAUUUCUUCCGCCGCAGCUGGUACUGGCUAUACGAGAACCGUAACAACAGGACUCGCUACGGGGACCCACUCCCCAUCUCACUGGGCUGGCAUGGAGUCCCAGCACGAGACCUAGAUGCCUUUGUGCACGUCUGGGGCGUCGGGAGGGACGAGCGCUACUUCUUCAAAGGAAAUCAGUACUGGAGAUAUGACAGUGAGAAGGACCAGGCCCACAGCAAAGAUGAGCAUGGGAGAAGUUACCCCAAGCUCAUCUCGGAAGGGUUUCCUGGAGUUCCGAGCCCUCUGGACACUGCCUUCUACGACCUACAGAAGCAGCUGAUCAUCUUUUUCCAGGCGUCCUUGGUGUUUGCUUUUAACAUCAGCAGUAACCGAGUUCUUGACUCUUACCCAAAGAAACUUACGGAGGUUUUCCAAGCCACAGUGCCUCGAGACCAUCCUCUCAGGAGCCUGGACUCAGCCUACUUCUCCUUUGCCCAGCGUUCUGUCUUCCUCUUCAAGGGCCGCCACUACUGGAAGGUGGUUGGUGGUCAGGAUGGGAUGGGGAUGCCUCCCUAUACGCUGCUCCCCAAACAGCUUGUCUCGAGGACGUGGUUUGACAUCUGUGAUGUGCACGUGUCUACCCUGAGUAUGUGA